AGAUUAACCAAUCAGGUUUGAUGAGCCAUAAUAACAGUUUAAAUUGCUCAAUGAUGGGCUGUAGCAGAGGAAACAUGGAAUCCGUAAAUGCUAAAAUGAAGACAUGGCAUUUUAACAUCAGAAUCAGCGUUAUUGUCACGUUUGUACCGACAAACAAGGAAUUUGACCUUGGUACAUUUGCUCUCAGUUAGAAUUUUUUUUUUUUUUUUUUGUGAAUUCAAAUUUUAAUGACUGCUUUUGAAAUCUGAAUUAUUUCUGCAUUGAUAAAUCAAUAACGCAUUAAUAUGUUUGCGAUUAUCAUAUUUAUUUGUAUAAAUAGAUUUCAUCAAUCAGAUUAUUUAUUCUAUAGAUUGUGGCACUUUUGCUCGCUUCAUGUUUAAUUGAAAAUGUAAUGUCCACAGCGUUGAAGCCUUCUGUUUGUUCUGCAUGCCUCAGAUUAGUGCCAGUGAAAUGUGAGCUGCUUGGCUUCGUGCCUGUCUCCGGCUGCUGCCCGUACCGUGCAGGUCCCCGCUGUCUGAGCGCUCCAGGGCUCUGAAGAGCCCGAGAGGCUGGGCCGGAUGGGCGGAGUCAGCGUCCGCGGCUCUGGUUGGCUGAGAGUGACGUAUCGGGAACCACUUCCCGGUCCGUGUUUCUCACUGGAAGGAGGAGAGGCAGGCAGACUGCGGUGUUGUUAGUUUGAACAAAAUGGCUGAAAGACCGCUGUCACCGAGAGCUCACUGAACGCCCACCGCGAGUGUCCCCGGAGCCGCUGCUCGUUUUGCAUUCGCGGCAGCAAGCACGUCGCUAGCCGUCCAGCCGGCUCCUUAAACCGAAACGUUUCAUUUGCACUUUAAAACAAGUUGUCUGGCUGACGCGGACGUUGGCUUGCGCAGAGAUAACUCUGUUCAGCGAUUUUUUUUUCUAUCGAAAACUGCCUGAAUUGUCCCGUUUUUUUGCAAAACCUCUGAACACGACUGGUAUUUUAACGCCAAUCAGCUAACGCUAGCUUACACCAUGAAGCUGCUUUUUUAAAAAGUCACUUCACCCGUGUUCGGUUAUUUUUUGUUUUUGUUAUUAUUGGAGGUGCUUCGCCUUUCCUCCGCUCCUCGUUAUAUCGUGACGUAUUUAAAAACAUUUUUCGCUCAGUAUAAUCUGAAGACGUGUUUGAUUUGAAUGUUUUUGUUUGCUCAAAGCAGAAAUCUCCGUACUUGCUGUGUGUAUAUCUGGCUGCGUAGCCGUUGUUUACCUCGGUAUCCUGACACCACAAGCUGCUUCAGCAGCAGUCGGCUUAUCUGUCAAGUCCGACUUUAAUUGCGACUAAAUCUCAGCGCCAACGCUUUAGGGGGACCUUUUCGAAAAAAGAAAACAAUACAAAAAAUCUGACAUCGGAAAAUGCUUCUUUCUUUUUGUGCAUUUUUUCCUGCCAUGCACCGAUUCUUCACUGAAAGCGGCCAAAGCUGUUCUGAACGGAAGCUGAGGGAAGCAAGCAACACGAGAAAGAAAACCGUUUGAUGGAAGAAAAGAGAAAGAAAAAACAAGAAGAAAAGACUAAGAAGGACAUCUCUCAGAAAAAGAAACCCAAAGUGCCAGAGCCUGUCCCCACUAAGCCCAGUCCUGGUUCAUCUCACCACCUCCAACCCUCCAGCCACACGCUGCCCCUCUCCUCCUUCUCUUCUUCUGGCAAUGGCAACGCCCCCCCAUGUGGUAGGCAGGUCCUGACUCUGACUACUCCCUCUCAGCAGCAGUGCCAGUCGUCCUCUGCCAGUGCCCGCUACCUGCCCAGAGAGGUUCCUCCGCGCUUCCGUCAGCAGGAGCACAAACAGCUACUGAAGAGAGGCCAGCCCCUGCCCGCAGAAGCACUCAGCUCAAUCAGCCUUCUUCCUUCCUCUCCCUCCUCUUCACCAUCAUCGUAUUUGUCCUUUUCUUCUUCGACUUGCAGCACUACCCCAAACUCUGCCACGUCUGCUACAGGCAAACACAACCCAGACACAUCCCUACUGAGUGGUUCUGGUGCCCAGUAUGAUAAGUCGCAUUGGGGAGCCUCUGGACCUGUUAACAGACCUUCCAGUGCCAACAGCUGGGACAAAGUGAUCAUUGACGGAAGUGAUCCAGAAGCUUGGCCAUCCAUUGAACGUAAUAUAGACUCUGGUCAGCCGGCAAAUCCAGAAUGCUCCUUGGGCUCAGUUAGCUCUAACUUGGACACCAGUGCUGUCGCUUCUACAAGUAGGAGUGGUCUUCUGAGUAUGGCCACAGGUGCCACUGGCCAGCAGGCCCAUUAUAACUCUCUCAAACCAAACAAUAACAUGAUGACGGGACCUGUUUCAGCCAGCACGUUAGCGGCUAGUAGAGGCUGGGGUUCAGAUGUGAAACAAGAUGGCAUGAAUGGUGGUAGAGUAGCAGCCCCCAGUAACUGGGGAUCGCCUAAUUUUAACUUGAACCUCAACCCCAAUGCCAACCCAUCGGCCUGGCCUGUCCUGGGACAUGAAGGUGGUGCGGGAGGUGUUAAUGGCCCCAGCUCUACGUCCCUCCCACCAAGCAUGAACGGAAAUGGAAAUCUGGGAAACGGGAAUUCGGACAAUGGUGGGGGGAGUUGGGUCAGCAUGAUAAGUGCUAAUGACAAUGAUCAGCAGCACCUUUCAACCAACAAAAAUGCAUCUUUCAAUAUGGAGCCUGCUAACCUUAACACUGAUGGACCAAACUACACUAAACAACAACAAGCUCAGGAGCCUAUGAGCCCCAUCCACGGUUUAACUGGCUGGGGGGGUCAUUCCCCCACUGAAUCUUCCCAGCUCAGUGGGGACACAACAGGCAGCUCUGUGUGGGGUGGAGGAGAAAACAAGGCAAAUGAGUCCCCCAAAGACUCAGGAUGGGACUCAUCUCCUUCUGGAGGCCUUUCUGCCUGGGGCCGCCAAGGCAGUGGUGGUGGUGGUGGUGGGAGUAGUGGCAGUGGUGGCUGGGGAGACUGGGGAAAGUCUUCCGGGGGUGGAGAUGUACCCAAAUGCUGGAACUCAGUGGAUGCUGGUAGUUCUGGUCCAGGCCAAGAGCAGCAAAUGAGUUCAUGGGGCAAACAAUCAGGAACGGCUCCAGCUAGCGAGGAUAGCGGAGACAGCAGCGAAGGGCGAUCCCGAUGCAGAGACAGAUCCUCCAGCAUGGAUUUUGCCCCUCUGCUUCCCCAGCAGGACCUAGACCCCCGGGUGCUGAGUAAUUCAGGAUGGGGACAAACCCCCAUUCGACAGCACACUGUAUGGGAGAUGGAAGAAGCUAAUUCUGAUGAUGGAAAGAGCAAUAGCAGCUCAGACACCAUGGGAUGCUCUAGCUCUAAUGGUGGACUGUCAUCAACCAAUGGAGGUGCUAUUAACCCAAACAUUGGGCCCAGCCAGAGGCCUGGAUCUGGAGGAAAAAUGGACAGUGAAAGAUCAUCCUCCUCUGGUUGGGGCGCUCCUCCACCGCAGUCAAUUCAAACUGGAUCAGGAUGGGGGGACCCCCCACUUUCAGUAAACAAAGCCCCAAAUGGCACGGCUUGUGGCUGGGGAGACCCCUUACCUACCAGUGGUUCUAAAAAUGAAGGCACCUCAUCCUGGGAUUCUGAUAAGUCAUCUCGCUGGGAUGAUGGCAUGAUGAAAAACAAGUCUAGCAACUGGGGAGAAAGCCCCAAAAAUUCCCAAGGCUGGGGCAACAGUAAUGGGGGGUCCAAUGGUUCCACCACAGGGGACUGGGGAGUGCCAGACCUCAAGAAAAAUGGUUCUUCUAGCAGCAUGUGGGACGGAGAAGAUGGUAAUAGAGAAACCAGUGGAUGGAAUGAAAGCCCAAGAGGAGGAAGCAGAGGAGGUGGGAGCUGGGGGAAAUCUACCCCUGCUGUGAGCAACAGUAAUUGGGGAGAGACCCCACGUGCCAGUGGCCCAGUGCAGGGAGGCUGGGGCUCUUCCAAGCCCCAGGAAAGCAGCAGCAGCGGCAGCAGCACUGGCAGUGGAGGAUGUGUCAGCAUUGGUUCCUGGGGUGGUCCUUGCUCUGUGAAGCCAACCAACUCUGGCUGGGGAAAUGUUGGCAAACAGGAGCCAGGCAUGGAGCCCACUGGUUGGGAGGAGCCCUCCCCUCCCUCCAUCCGACGAAAGAUGGAGAUCGAUGAUGGGACAUCAACUUGGGGUGAUCCCAGCGCCUACAGCAAGACCGUCAACAUGUGGGAUCGCAACAAUCCAAAUAACAACCCAGGCAACGGUGGCCCACCACCCAGCAAGAAUGGUGCAAUAACUAUGAUCAAUAAUAACAACAAUCACUCUCACCACAUGCACCACCAUUCCCACCAUGGCCAGCCUCCAAGUCACAUGCUGCACCAAGGAAACAACAAUGGGUCACCAAACAGUGCUGCCUCACAUCCCACCGGGGGACCCCAGGGUAGACCUCCACUUGCCAAUCCGGGUUGGGGAGAGAUUCCCAGUGUCCAGCCAAAAUCAGAGCCUGCGUGGGGAGAGCCAGCAGCUCCAACUUCAACUGUUGACAAUGGUACAUCUGCUUGGGGGAAACCCUCAGGCGGUGUUGGAGGAUGGAGAGACGGUGGCCAUGACCCAUCUGGCCCUUAUGUAAGGUCAAAUGGACCCACAGGUUCCGCACCUUGCAAGUCAGGCCCCAAACCUAUGCAAGAUGGCUGGGGAAAUGGAGAAGAAAUGAGCAUGUCCACCAGCCAAUGGGACACUGAGGAUGGGGAUGUCUGGAACAGUCCCACAUCACAAGACAGUGGCUCCUCCUGUAACUCCUGGGGCAACGGACCCAAAAAGUGUCCAAGCAAGGGGAAGCUCUGCAGCAAGCAAGAUGAGGCUUGGAUCAUGAACCGUCUCAUUAAACAGCUCACUGACAUGGGCUUUCCGAGAGACCCUGCUGAGGAGGCCUUGAAGAGCAACAACAUGAACCUUGAUCAAGCCAUGACUGCCCUCUUGGAGAAGAAGACAGACAUGGACAAGCGAAGCCUGGGCAUGUCCGAUUACAGCAAUGGCAUGAACAAGACUCUAGUGUGUCGGCCCUCUGCGCUCUCCAAAGACCCUUCCGACCGCAACACAUUUCUUGACAAGGAUGGCGUCCUGUCAGAUGACGCUCCUCCAUCACCAUUUUUGCCUUCCCCCAGCCUGAAGCUCCCCCUGCCCAACAGUAGCCUUCCUGGGCAGGGUUUGGGACAAGGCAAUCUGGGGCUGGCCAUGCAAAACUUGAACAACAGACAGAUACCCAAUGGAAUGUUUGGCAGUAAUGGAGCAGCACAAACCCGGGCCAUGCAGCAGCAGCCUCCUCAGCCACCAGUGCCACCUCUCAGCUCCUCCCAGCCUAAUCUACGUGCUCAAGUGCCUCAGUUUCUCUCCCCUCAGGUCCAAGCACAACUCUUGCAGUUUGCAGCAAAAAACAUUGGUCUUAACCCUGCACUUUUAACCUCACCAAUAAACCCUCAACAAAUGACCCUGUUGUACCAACUUCAGCAACUACAAAUGGCGUACCAGCGUUUACAAAUCCAGCAGCAGAUGAUGCAGGCGCAACGCAAUGUUUCCGGCCCCAUUAGGCAACAGGAGCAGCAAGUUGCACGUACAAUCACCAACAUGCAGCAGCAGAUCCAGCAGCACCAGCGUCAGCUCUAUCAGGCGCUGCUGAUGAAGCAGCAGCAGCUUCCUUCGCAUUCCUCCUCAUCCUCUUCCUCCGCUGGUCUGCACCACCCCCCUGGUGGCCCUGCCGGAGUUACUGGCUCUGGAAAAUCAACCCUGGACCCUUUUGCAGGCCCACACCAGGCUUCGGGCCUUGCUGACACACUGCACACCAAAGAGCCUCCGUCUUCGCCCAAUGCCUACAGCACCUACUCUCUUUCUGGACUGAAUCCAAACAUGAAUGUAAAUGGCAUGGACGUUGGGGGUCUGUCCCUGAAGGAGCCCCCCCAGCCCCAGUCUCGCUUGUCCCAGUGGACACACACUAACUCAAUGGACAACCUCUCUGGCAACUCUUCAAAUUUGGAGAAUAACUUCAAUAAUAAGCAUGGUGCCAUAUCUGCUGCCUCUACCCUCGGACCCCCUGGGAAGACCCCCCAACUCGAGGACUCAUACAGCCCUUACAAUCUAAUCUCUAACUCCGAGUCCCCGAGCAGUCCCCUGGUACCUCCUGACAACUGGGGCCAAGGCAAGAGCCCCAAUGAAAAGAUCUCAAAUGGGGCCAACAUUAACUGGCCUCCAGAGUUCUGCCCAGGCGUGCCAUGGAAGGGCCUUCAGAACAUUGACCCUGAGAAUGACCCGAACAUGACCCCUGGCAGCGUCCCCAGCGGUCCCACCAUCAACACCAACAUCCACGAUGUCAACCGAUACCUCUUGCGGGACAGGAAUGGAGCCACUUCCCCAGCUUCUGCACUAGGAAGUGGCUCUCUGCCUCCCACCAGCAGUGACUGGAAAAUCAGUGACUAUUGUAGCUCUUUCAGCCUGUUGUCCUGUGAUGGGGACAGCUCAGGUAAACUAUCUGAAAUGAAGUCCACCUGGUCUCCAGGGCCCAUUGCUCAGAGCCAAGCCUCCCUGUCCCACGAGUUGUGGAAAGUCCCCCAGGGGCCGCGCAGUACCACCGCUCCGUCCCGGCCCCCACCCGGCCUCACCAACACCAAACCCUCCUCCACCUGGGGUGGCAGCUCUUUGGGGCUGGCUCAAGGCUGGAGCGGCUCCUACUCUUCUGAGGGAACCACAUGGAGCACCGACAGCUCCAACAGGACCAGCAGCUGGCUGGUGCUGAGGAAUCUCACCCCACAGAUUGAUGGCUCAACUCUGAGGACCCUGUGUAUGCAGCACGGCCCCCUGAUUACAUUCCAUCUCAACCUGACUCAGGGGAAUGCUGUGGUGCGCUACAACUCCAAGGAUGAAGCUGCCAAGGCCCAGAAGUCCCUGCACAUGUGCGUGCUUGGAAACACCACCAUCCUGGCAGAGUUCGCCGGGGAGGAGGACGUCAACCGCUUCUUUGCACAAGGUCAGUCGCUGGGAGCAAACACCACGAGCUGGCAUGCCAACCCAGGAAGCAAUCAAAAUCGGAUGGGCGGGGCAACCCAGCCCCACUCAGUUGGCCAGUGGAGCAGCAGCGGGGGUGGGGGCAAGGCCAGUGGGAGCGAUCUGCUGUGGGGAGGAGUGCCCCAGUACUCCAGCCUGUGGGGGCCACCCAACAGGGAGGACGCCCGUGUGAUUGGGAGCCCCACCGCGAUCAACACCCUGCUGCCUGGUGAUUUGCUGAGCGGGGAGUCCAUGUAGGGGGGGCGAUGCCACGGAACACCAACCCUCCAUCAGCGCCACCAGCACCUAUUGAGCCAGCAUGAUCAGGAGCAAAAGAAAAGUCCAAAACAGAAAAAGUGGUUGAAAUGAGCAAGAGCAAAACUUAAACAAAUCAUGUGGCGAUAAUCAGUAUCAAGUGAAACUCUUUCAAACUGUGAAUUGUAAAUCAGAAAGCUGAGGGUCCCUGACACAGACUGCAGACCCCAUUGCCUCUGCUUUGCCCCGGUCCUCUUUCUUUUUCAUUCAUCUUUUUUUCCUCUCCAUUUAGUAUUAUUUUCCAGAAGCAAACUGGAUUUCAUUUACAGCAUUUUUAAACAGAACUGAAAUUGGUCACAACACGAGAACCCUUCUAGGUGUUUUCCAGACGUAUGCGCAGCAUUCUGCGUGAAGUGUUUUUAGAAGAAGCAAUCAAAGCUGCCAUCUUUUUUUUAUAUGAACAAACAAAUGAAAAUCCUUCCAAAAUAAUACUGAAAACAACCAUUCCCUGCAUAUCAAUGGCCAAUGAUGAUGUUCAAAGACCUUUAAUUGUUUCGUUGACGUUUGUUUCUCAGCACUAAUAUUAGCCUUAAGUGCUCUCUGGCCCAGGACCUUCCCAAGCCACCUGACUUAUUAUUGCUUUUAUCUUUUGGUUGUUUUUAAUAAGUAAGGAAUUAGCUGAAAUCUUGCACAGUUCACCUCUGAGCCAACCAGGGGUCCAGGAAGCAGCGAAGAGCUCCGGACCACCUGACUGGCACUACCAAUCAUCUGCUCAGAUCCUUGAACUUGUCUCAAGCGUAGGGUUUGCACCGCUGUAGACUUUUAUGUGCAAAACCCUGCAAGUUUUUUUUUCUUCUUUUAAAUUCUUAUUGUCAUCAUUUAUUACAAAAUAUGAGCUGCGAGAAGAUUAAAGACAUGAACCUUGUGAUGUCCGGUUGGAUCUAAUCAUCCCCUAAAGCCUGGACCCCAGUCGCUUACUGGUGCUCUGUCGAAUCUCCUGUUAGCUCUGUUUGUUGUCAAUCGGCCGAUUUGCAGAGGACAAACGGAAAAAGGAACUCCUCAGUUUUAUUUUGAUGUGACAUUUACAUUGUGCAAUAUACACCAUCAACCUUUCUUCCGUCCACACUCCAUUGGGAGUUUUUUUUUUUUUUUUUUUUUUUCUUGUUGCUGUUUUUAUGAUUGUUGCUGAUUUCAGCAAAACACUUUGGAACUUCAACCCCACCCCCACCCGUUUCUUUUUUCAAAAAAACAAAAACAAACUGAUUCUUCUCCAGGCCUCCAAUCUCUCUGAAGCUGUUGGGGAAAAAACAAAACUCUAAAGCGCAGAGGAAGGAGGAGGAGCUGGAGAACCGUGCAUUGCUGCAAACUGACACUGGGUAGAACAAUGCACACUUCCUCUCUGCAUGCCACAGCCACACCCAACAGAGACUGAAACCGCAGCGGGAUUGGAUGGUCCUGGUUACCUUGGCACAAUACCAAAUUGGAGGUGGGGGUGAGGUGAUUCUCCUAAUGCAGUAGACCUACGAGUGUUCCUUGCGUUUGGUACUGUACAAACAGAAGAGACUUAAGACUUUGAGCAUAGCACUUAUGAAGAGCAAAACGCUUCAACUGCAAUCCAAUAAGAGAAGAAACCAGAGAGAGCAGCGGAAACAUUGCAAACCUCCUGCUCCUCUACGUACUUUAUCUAUUCCAUGGAAACGUGUUAGCUGCUGUUCCUCAGGUAGCAGGAUGAAGGGAAACGCGGCUGGCUGUGAGGCGAAGAAAUAAAAACAAAAUAAACUGCUUCUUUGAACUGUUUUAAAGUGAAUAUCACUGUUACUCCAAAAUUAUUAGCCUUGUUCUGGUCCGGAGGUAAGAGACUCCAGUUGUCAGUCGAGAAGAAGAUGAGUGGAUCUGGGAAGGGGGGGGCGUGUCCACUGAGUGCCUCUUUACUGUGCAGAACCUCCUCUUGGGAUCCUCAAUGACUGGCCAAUCACGACUCUCUUUGCCACACAUCUCCAACUGGGAGGAGGAAGGGGGUCGUCCUGCCGUCUCCUCCAUCUCUCAGUCCUUUACACAAAAAUCACUUUAGCUGGAAGAUGUAAGAGUCAUAUUUCUGGAAUUUUUGCCAGUGUACUUUGUAUUGUUUGGAAAAGAUCUUUGUUUAUGAUUUGUUUUUUAAAUGUGUGUGUGUUUUAUGAUUAGUCUACAUGCAGUGGUCUACAAGAUAACUGGCUGCUGAACUAGCCCUUCACUGUUCAUAUGCAGAAACACUUUGGUCAGAGGUGCCUCUGUAUAUUCAUCCUGUGUAUUGAAUGCAAAACGAGGAUCAAUACUACAGACCGUUAAUGAUUGUGUUGAACUGCUCGUGCUUUUGUUUUUGACAGUAUUCGGUAGUACUUCCAGGUAGUAUCCUGAUGCGUAAAAGUUAAGGUAGUCUCAGAUGUCGGGAUGCGAGUGUCCGUCAUUCAGAGCUGCUCCUCCUGCCUGCAGGCUUCUCACCCUCUGCCUGGCUGCUACCCUGUAACCUCCUCCUUAAUCCUCCACCUCAACCAGACCCAGUAGCCCUCUCCUGACCAGCCACCAACUGACCCUCCUAUACGUUUCUAUGCAAAAAGAAAACCAGAACAGAGGUGAGGGGGUGGGCUCUUUACAGCAUGCCAAAAUCCAACUUUGCCCCCCAGUGAGCUCCUGUCAGCACUUCAAACCGGCCUCCGUUUAUCAAAGGUCGGCCUUUUCUCUCUGUGCUGAAGACUUCUGUCCAGCCUAAUCUCAGGGUAGGGGAGUUGAUGUUUGCCAGUAUUAGAGGCAGCUCUCCGUAUCGGUCCUCUCUGCAGUGAGAGCAAAACUAAAAAUUCUAGAGCUCACGCCUCCAGUUUUGAUCCACAUUCAAGGUGGCCUAAUGCUAUCAGUGCACAUAAAAGUUGCCAAUGUAUUGUGCCAAUAUGAAUUAGCUGUGUCAUACUGUAUCUCUUCUGUUAGCUGUAUUGGAGGAGCUUUGAUGACCUUUGCAGAGGGUGCAGAAGGCAGGAGCAACAAAAGAGUGGCAGCAUCCCCUCCCUUCAUCCACUGAGACUUUUAUUUGUCAGCUUUUUUGGGGGGAAGGCCCCUUGCUAAGAAGAAAAUCUUUACUCAGUUUGGGGGUUUCAGUUUGCUACAGUGCACAGUUGAUGAUGGGUAAUCCCGGGUACAUAUUUUUUUAAAAACCAAAAAUUAAAAAAUUGCAUUUUAAUGUCAUUUUUAUGAAGUUUGACAUAAAAAUCUUAAGAAAUGCUUAAAAAAAAUCUAAAUGGUAAAAAAAAAAAAGAUCUAUGAUAUGUUAAAGCUCUGCACUUCUAGCUGAAACGUGUCCAGGUCGUCAGCCGCCACCGCCGCCAUCCUGUAGGGGUGGACGCCGCGGCUGGGGCUCCGUUUUGUGGAUCCUGUAUUUAUCUCGUUUUUGUGUUUCGUGUCCCGCUCAAAGCGGGCCCCGCUGAACUGUACAUUUCCACACACCAGGACGGCUUCAGGCCCUCUGUCUCAGCCUCACUCUCUCUUCUUCUGCAGCUACUGGAAGAGAGAGGCACAUUUUAAGAGGUACAGUCUUAAAAAAAUAUAUAUAUUAAAAAAGGUUUGAAAUUAAAGGAAAUGGGAAAAGGCUACCUUUCAGGACUUGGAGUCCAUCAGCACACAAGCAAAAAUCACUAUUGCCUGUUUCUGUAACUGCCUUGAUCCAAGCUCAGACAGACCCAAUAGCCGAGGACCUCCCAGCAUUCUGUACUGACCGGAGAGCCCUGACAGCGAAGGGGGUUUCCCAUGCUGCACCAGCAUCGAGAGGCUCUCCUCUCCAUAUCUCUCUAGAUACCAGAAAUAAUGUAUUCACAGCAUACACACACUUGUGCACACAGUGGUAAUUUUUGAUAUGGGCAAUUGCCCAGGGCAGCAUUAGAAAGGGUGUUCGAGGACCAGAUACAUAUUUUUAUCAGUUGUAGCCUGAACGGUUUUCUAUUGCUUUAAUGCAUUUGCUGUUAAUGGAUAGUUGGCACCUCCGUGAGUUAAGUGGGCAUUUCCUGCUUGGUGCUGAGAGUAGGAAGACGUGCUUUCUGCAGGACUGCACCAUAUUCUUUCCUGCUCUCGAAUCUUUGAUCAAUUCCUGCAUUCUAAUUGGUUGGGAGGCAACAGAAGGGAAGGGCUUGCCCUGUGAGAGAUCAUAUUUGCAAGAACCGCCACUGUGUGCACAUAUACACAAACACACACAUAUAUAUAUAUAUAUGUGUAAAAUAUACAUACUGUGAGUACCGCAUGGGGUAUCACCUCUUCAGACUUCUUGGAUCGUGACCUCUGAGAUUUUUGUUCUCCCCCUGAAAGGUCCUGGUUUAUUACAGCCAAUAAAGAGCAAUAUGUAUUUUCCCCGCAAAUAAGCGAUAGGAAGGAAAGGAUUUGGUGUCGAGUGGAAACCGAUACUUGAUUGAUUGAAAGCAACGUCUUUCUUAAACUGAGUUAGAUAUGCACGUUCUGGUUUCAAAGACGUACCACAGUACGCUGUGUAUGUGUGUGUAUUUGUUUGUGAUCAGCCUAAUUUUAAAAAGCCCAACCUGAAGCACCUGCUAAGUUGCAUAUUUCACCCUGUUGUUAAAUCGCAGACAUAUCAAAACUACAAAAAAAGAAAGCUAUUUAACAAAAUACUUGAAUCAUAGAGCGCCAACAGCAUAAUGUGAAGUCAGUAAUUAUUUUUUUCUGUUAGACUGACAGGUACAUAUAUGGGCUUUUUUUGUAGAGAAUAUCAUGUGUUGCUUUAGGUUACUGAUUUGGAAAAAAAGAACUCAUCUCAGAUGUUUGUAUGAAUGUGUUCUCAAAAACUACUCGGCACAUGGUCUGCUGUUAUGUUCCACUCAGUGUGUUAUGUUGUGUCUUUAUAUGUAUUUUUUAAUGUCUAAUUCAUUCUGAUUAUCUUCUAAUGUUGCACUGAGUGUCUUCUACCCCUUGCCCGGCUAAUCGUAGGUAAACGCGUCUAAGUGCAGAGGGGAGACGGUGACAAUUCACGUGUGCAUGUUUACUCAAGGACUUUGUUUUUUUGCCCCCGUUCUGUCUGUAAAAAUGAUCUACCUUAUAGUGGCUCUUAUUGUGGGAUAAUCCCAUUUGAGGAUUAUCAUGGAAUAUUGCACCGUUUUGUUUCAGUUACGUAAAAAUGUAGCAAAUAAAAGCAUUAAAAAAAGUUUAAAAAAAAUUUUUAAGUAAAAAAAAAAAAAAAGAAACAAGCUAACUGUGGCCAUAGAUAGCCGUGGUAGGACUAGUAAUCCAGAAAUGAACUUGUCAGAGAAACGUAAAGGGAUAAAGCAUUGGAGACGGGUUUGUUAAGACUCAUUGCAGAGGUGCCUAUCUUUUGUCUUUUGCGAAAGCCACCUGUCGUUUACAAGCAUUUCAUUUGUUUAAAGCUAAAAAUGAAAAAACAGGACUCUACAACAAAAAAGUCCUUCAAAAGGAUGAAGCUCAUCUUCCAUCGAAUACUGAUGUGAAAAUCUUGCAAAAUAAAGAUUUGACGCUACUUCAGAACUCUGGGAUCGAUCAGUGUUUGUGUCGUAUUUAAAAAGAAAAUAGUUUAUUUCUCUUUUCAGUGACUAUUUCUCUCUGUGCGUGUAUUGAUUUGUGAUUUGAUGUUUCCUGUAAGACAGCGACGCAGUUCGCUCACUUUCUUGCACACGCAUUAAAUAAAAACAAAAAAACAGAUUUUUUUCGUCUCAGGAAGGCCAGGGUUCCCGAUUCCAACCGCAUCAGUUCUGCGUUUUUGACAGUAGUGCGAUGAAAAGCUAAAAGGAACUGACAAACUAUUCUACUCCAAGCAAUCACUGAAGGUUUAUUAGUUUACGGAAUAGAAAGAGGACCAUAGUUUCAUUAAAACUACAAAAAAAUGUUUAUAGAAGUUACAUGUUUACCAAAUAAGACUGAGAAUCAAUUUUAUUGCGAAAAGUGGAGCGCUUUACAUGAGAAAUCCAAGUAGAAAUUGCUUUACAUUGAAACGAUGAUCAGUUCAUUAAAAUUACAACAAGUGUUUUAUUUUUUCUUUAAUGUUUUCACCUGUUUUCAUUUUCCAUCCAGUUGUUCGGGAGCAUUGUGCAAGCCAUUUAUUGUUCUUUUAAUCAUCUCUCCUGUCUGUAGUAUGUUCCUGUGACUGAGAUAAUAUGUCCUCCCAUGUAACUGGUGGUUUUGAAGAGGAGGGAUGGAGCUGGUUGUAAAAAGGAUUCUGAUCUAUGCACAAAAGUGGGAGGGACAAGUCCAAACACCUGCAGAUGUACUGCAGGUGUUUGGCAACAAGACUCUGGGCAUCGGGGGGUUGGAUGUUUCGGGGUUAUUUUCGUUUUUUGUUUUGUUUGUCGUCACCCCCCUCCCCCGCCAAAGCCCUGUCUUUAUCUAAUGUUUAAGCUAAACUUUACAUUGCGUCAUCAUGCUGUGUAAUCCUUAACCAAUGAGCGCUUAUCUUUCUGCUAAAGCACUGUGGGUUGUUCUGAAAAAAAUCCCAUGACUUUUAAGGCUGUCUGUUUUUUAGGGAGAGGAGGGAGGGUCAGAGUGGAGUGGGUUGGGGGUACGUUGCCUUUCUCUUCACUUUGGGAAAAAAACAUUAAAGAAAAAUGUCUGUACAUGAAAUGCAAAGUUGUGGCUUUUAAUGUUCUUUUUUUCUCCUCAUAGAAUGUGAUUGUUAAAAACAUGCAUUGGAAAAAAAAAAAACAACGUUUCCAUGAGUUAUGGAGCUUCUUUCAGACUAUAUUAAUAAAAUACACAUUUUCUUGGCUGUUA